UCUUGAGGACCUAAAUAAUUUUGAGUCCGAUGCUGCUGUGCGACAGUGGGAAGGCGAAGACUCCCGGCCAGGUAUACAUUUUUGUUGAGAGGACUUUUGCCUGAUAGAGGUCACGGACAAGAUGUACCAGAAGAUUCUCGCCGAUCCGCUCGCCUUUGGCCCCGACAUUGGCACAGAAGUCCGAGGCAUCCUGGCUAGUCUUUUCAACAGAGAUCCCUCGAAACGAAUUGGAGUGAACGGCGUUGAGGAGAUCAAGGAGCGCCCAUUCUUCGUAAACCAUAUUCACUUCGGGAGGCUUCUGCAGAAAAAGAUCGAACCGCCGUUUAAGUCGAGUGUAUCAAGUCCCGUAAGUGCAUGUCUCCCCGGGAGUACGUGUUUGAAUGCGUCGAUGUUUAGGAUGCUUCCAACUUCAAUACUGUCUUCACGGCUGAGGCGCCUAUUAACUGUUAUGUUGAUUAUUCCCACCUCUCAUCCACCGUCCUCAGUUCGCUGGAUUCUCGUAUAAUGGUUCCAACAUGCCUGUCGGUUAAUAGGCGCCAUACUAACGCACUUUUUCGUCUGGUCAAGUAACUUCUUGAGUUGUGGCCUGUCC